GGACAUACCUGAAUCAAUCAGCAGCAUCAGUUUCUGUGGAGAGGAAAAGUAGAAGGACCAUGAACAGAGGUGGUUGUUUCCACAAGGGUAUAAAAUCCAGACAAAUGUGCACACAAGUCAAGCAAGAGAGAAAAUGUCUUUUGGCUAGCUGUCUACAACAUGCUACAGAAUGCUAAACCCGUGCCCACGGGAGGACAGCGUCAAGUCUCACCCCAACAUCACACAGAUUCAGCUCACACUUGGAAAUGGCAACUUGGCGGUGCAGAGCUCUCAGCUACUCACGCAGCCUGAUACAGUAGCUCUAAGGAAGAUGUGAUCUCCACAGCCACUGAGAGAGGAGCCAAUUCUGAAGCAAGAUUUGCAAUUGCAGAAAUAGGAAGAGCAUCCCAAGGCUCACAAGAACAACUGCAGAGGCAAACCUUAAAUCUUGCCAAUAAAACCAGCGGAGGGAGGAAUGGCAGAACCAGCCCCAGUCCCACUUUCCCGUCUCGUUGUACCUAUUCUCCUUGCAGUUGGCUGGAUCGUGGGUUGUGCCCUAAUGGUUUACAUCGUCUUCUCCUGACAGAAGACAGAAGAAUUUCCAGCGAUGUUGACUGGAAGAACCUGAAAGUUAAAUUGAAAUGCUGAAUGACAAAAAUAUGUAUAAAAUGAGUUACUUUUAAUAUCAACACUAGAUAUGGUGUAUACUUUUUAACUGCAACAAAGAUGUGAAAUGCUAGUCAGGAAGAAUCAUUAAA